AAUAUCAUCAAGUCCAUCAUCACUGGACGCCAGCAGCAGUUGGAUGUAGUGUCUGGUGAGAUCUCGGGCGUGGAAAUAGUCAUGGAUGAUAUCGAAAUUCUUCACGGGAAACUCGUCCAGCAGGAAAAAAAUCAUCAAGUCCGUCAAUCUGUACAUGCGAUUUGGAUCGGCUCUCUGGCGCUUGCCAACUAAAAUCCUAACCUUAAUUUUUUACUGUUGUUUCUAUCACUCGUUCCCAUCAAGGUUCAGAGCUCCCAUAUUGUUGACCAGAAUAUGCCGAUUGUGGAGGGAGGUUGCUAUAGGCGAACCCAAUCUGUGGUGCAGGCUGAUUGUGCAAUCCGGCAUGUACGGGAACUGGGACGCCAACUGGGAGCGGAGAGCUUUCUCUUGGGACGCGUGAUCACAAGGACUUCCACUCUCGUUAGUGAUCUGGUGCCAAGGACUUGAUUACACGCAGAUCUUGAAGCUACGACACUAGGUCUUCAGCCUUAGCAUCAAUCAAACCUCGUCUCUCUACAUUGGUUUUUCCCACCACGCCU